UACCCUUGUAUUUAGCAAAUAAAAUCGAAUUUUCAACCUGUUGAUGUGAUAAAUUAGAGAUGUGGAGGGAAAAUUAAACAUUAAAUUUUAAGACUCUGUUCCCUUGGCCAAAAAAUAUUAUAUAACUUAACAAAAGGUACAGAUACAAUGGCAACCAGAAUAAAAACAAAGCCUGUGGGCGAGUUGGUAAUUGAGAAUAAGCCACCAAGAACCGCCUAUAAAUAAAGUGCUACGCUCAGACUCGGUGGACUCAGUACCCCUAGCACUUUCUUAACAACCCCAUUUAGAUCACAUUUCAAACGCCUUCAGACUGGUGGUCCUGUAGCUGCUUCCAAAUGGCUUUACGCUCCCUUCUUUUGGUGGCAAUCUUUCUUUUCUGCAUAGCACAGGUUUCAUCUGACGUCGAGAUUGAAGAGCAAAGCACCCAGCUGGUGAAAGGAGCUAACAGAAGGCUCUUGCCAUUCUUGGAUUGUGGAGGGUUGUGCAAGGUGAGGUGCAGUUUGCAUUCGAGGCCUAAUGUAUGCACAAGAGCAUGUGGCACCUGUUGCUUUAGGUGCAAGUGCGUGCCUCCAGGCACCUCUGGAAACAGAGAAGUCUGUGGGAAAUGUUACACUGACAUGACUACUCAUGGCAACAAAACCAAGUGCCCUUAGAAUGCUAUAGGAACUUCCUCUGUUCUCGUAUUAAAUAAUAUUCAGUUGGGUUUAUAUAUGGAUUCUCUGUUCUUGAAUGUUAAUUAAUGCAAUCAUGAAGCUUGUGUGCAAA